AACUGUCCCUUUAAUGUUGAUGUUUUGGCUUUGUAAAAGACAGCUUGAGCCCUAAAGUCAGUGUAUAAUCCGCACGCUAGACAUUGACUCACAGUGACGUUCGAAAACAAAGAGUAUCUGAUGACAUUAUUGUAGUCAUCAUCACACCCACUCUUGGUACCAGCCACCAGCGGCUCUCAUUAUUUACUCUUUUAGUUAAUAUAUAACCACCUUUACAUACACAUCGACAGAAUUAAACACAGCCCUACAUAAAGACAGGGUUGUGUUGUGUUGUGCUCCCAAGUGUCUUCUGCCAUUGGAAGGGUUCAUUCACAUUUAUGGACGUGUUGUUUUUGGGACGAUCGCAUAUGCAGAAUUCCAUUCUCAGCAUUUUAGCUGCGGUAGAUCAUGUGUCAGCCUUUGUUCGUGGUUAUCUUUAGGAUCCUGAAUGAAAGAGAGCUACUGAGUUGAAUUUGAGGCACUGUUUUAAAGCAUAAACCAAUCAAAACAAGGAUAUAAAAACCCGAGGAGAAUUGGAAUCUUCUCUCAUAUACAAGUACAAACUCAUAAGGAUUGAGAAGUAUCAUGUGUUUGGAUUGGAUCUCUUUGAAAACCCAACGAUUGGUUUGCAGUGGAGAUAUUUAGGUGGCAGUUGUUGAUCAUUUGCGGAUGAAGCUUCAUGUUCCUACGUCAUCUGCUUUUCAGUCAUAGUGUUUGGAGUUUUCAAGAGUCUGAAACUGAACCAAACAGCAGAUCAACCCAAGGAGAACUGGUAUAGAGGAUCAUCUAUCUUCUCUCAAGUACUAACUCGUGAGGAUUGAGAGGAAACACAUCUUGGAUUGGAUCUCUUUAAAAACCCAAUGGUUUGCAGUGGAGAUAUUCAUCGCUCAUUUAGUUACGUAACAGUUGAUGACCACUUGCGGAGGUAGCUUCAUGAUCCUACUUCAUCUGCUGUUUUAGCCACAUCGUUUUGAGUAUAAAGAAUCAAGAAACAGUCUAAAACUGAGCCAAACUGCAGAACAACCCAAUAAGAAUUGGUUCAGAAGACCAUCUUCUCUCAACUACAAACUCAUAAGGAUUGAGAAGAAUCACAUGCUUGGAUUGGAUCUCUUUGAAAACCCAACAAUUGGUUUGCAGUGGAGAUGUUAGUUGUGCAUUUAGGUAACAAUUGAUGAUCAUUCGGUGGGGAAGCUUGUUCCUGCUUAAUCUACUUUUUUGGUCAUAUUGUUUGGAGUAUGAAGGAUCAAGACAGAGUCUGACACUGGAACAAACUGCAGAAUAAUAAAGCAUGUCUCAGUUUAAUGCCACUGAGUAGAGUUUGUGGCCUGUGUUGAAUGUUGAAGACCUUUUUGUUUUCUCCGAAGUCUGACAGCUGCAGGAAAGAGUGAACAGUGAGACGAAUCAUGACUUGGAUGGACUAAAUUUCCAGAAAGAACCUCCUUGAAAGCCCAAAACUGGUUUGUAGUGGAUAUAUUAGUGAUACACUGAGGUAAAGAAAAUAAAUAAAUCAAAGAUUUUAGCUUCAUGUUUCUUCUUCAUCAGUUCUUUAGUCACAACAUUUGGAGUCUGAAGGAUCAAGACAGAGACCAAAACUGGAACAAACUGCAGAUUAAUAUUCUCCGUUUGAUGUGACUGAGUAAAGUCUGAGGAGUUGUAUAUAAUAACCAAAGACUGUCUUCUGUGAAAUUUGACAAAACCUGCAAAAAAGGAGAAGUAAAACUUGAAUGGACUUGGACUAAAUUUACAGAAAGAUUCUCUUUUUAAGCCAACAAUUGGUUUGCCGUGGAGAUAUUAGUGACACACUGAGGUAAAAAAUAAUAAUCAUUUGUUGGAGUAGUUCAUGUUCCUUCACAGUGUUCAUAGUAUGAAGACAGAAGACCCUUAAAGAGUGUUUUCCUAUUGAGUAGAGUCUGAGCUGUUGUGUAAAGCACAAAUGAUCAAAACGAGGACCUAACAACCCAGGGAGAAAUUAGUACAGAACACCACCUUUCAUCUCUGAAGUCUAAAAACACAUGCAGAAACUAAUAUUGACUUUAAGGUUUGAGAAGAAUCACAUGUAUGGACUGAACUUCUAAAAAAAAACUUCAAUUUGUUUGCAGUGAGACAUUAGUGCCACAAUUAAUGAUCAUUUACGGAAGUAGCUUCGUGUUCCUUCCUCAAUGAUACAUUAGUCACAGCAAUUGGAGUCUAAAGAAACAAAACAGAGACUCUUACAGAUGUUUUUUAAUGAAGUAUGCCUUUAUUUGAUGAGAGAGAGCGACUGAGUAGAGUUUGAGGUGUUGCGUAAAAGCAUAAACAAUCAAAAUGAGGACAUUACAACCCAAGAAAUUGAUGUAGAAACUCAUUUUUCUUGUCUGAAGUCUGACAACACCUGCAAAUAACAAGUACAAACUGAGAAGAAUCAAGGACUGAGAAGAAUCAAGUCUUGGAUGGACUAAACUUAAAGAAAGACUGGUUUGCAGUGGAAAUAUUAGUGUACUGAGGUAAAAACAAAAAUCAGUAAUCAUUUGCGGAAGUAGCUUCAUGUUCCUUCUUCGUCUGCUUUUUAGUCACAGCGUUUGGUGUCUGAAGAAUGAAGACAGAGACUCUUACAGAUGUUCUUUGCCUCUUUUUGAUGAGAAGGAGCAACUGAAAUGUUGUGGAUAAGCAUAAAUGUUCAAAACAAAGACAUAAUAACUGAAGAAAAUUGGUGUAGAAAAUCAUAAUUCUUCUUAAUAGUCUGACAACACAUGCAGAAAACAAGUACAAACACUUAAAGACUGAGAAGAUUCAUGUCUUGGAUGAACUAAACCUCCAGAAAGAAUGUAAAACUGUUUGCAGUGGACAAAUUAGUGACAUACUGAGGUAAAAAUCAAUGAUUGUUUGAGGAAGAGGCUUCAUGUUCCUCCUUUAUUGAACCUUUAGUCACACGUUUGCAGUCUGAACGAUUGAAGAAGCACUCCUCUAUUUAAUGAGAAGAAGUAACUAAAGUUUUAAUCAAUCAAAACAAGGACGUAAUUGAAGAAGUUUAGUGUAGAAGAUCAUAAUUUUUCUCUAAAGUCUGACAACACCUGGUAAAACAAGAACAAACACUUAAAGACUGAGAGAAAUCAGGUCUUGGCUGGACUAAACUUCCAGAAAGAACAUCCAACUGUUUGAACUGGAGAUAUUAGUGACGUACUGAGGUAAAAAUCAAUGAUUGUUUGAGGAAGAAGCUUCAUGUUCCUUCUUUAUUGACCUUUUAGUCACACUUUGCAGUCUGAACGAUUGAAGAAGCACUCCUCUAUUUGAUGAGAAGAAGCAACCGAAGUGUUAAAUAAUCAAAACAAGGACAUGACUGAAGGAAUUUGGUGUAGAAGCUCAUAGUUCGUCUCUGAAGUCUUACAACAACUGCAAAAAACAAGUAAAAACUUAAAGACUGAGAAAAAUCAGGUCUUGGAUGGACUAAUCUUCCAGAAAGAACGUCCAACUGUUUGUAAUGGAGAUAUUAGUGAUGUACUGAGGUAAAAUGAGGUAAAAAUCAACGAAGAAUUAAAGAAGCAUGCAUCUAUUUGAUGAGAAGAAGCAACCGAAGUGUUAAAUAAUCAAAACAAGGACCUAACUGAAGGAAUUUAGUGUAGAAGAUCAUAAUUUUUUCUCUAAAGUCUGACAACACCUGCUAAAACAUGUACAAACACUUAAAGACUGAGAGGAAUCAGGUCUAGGAUGGACUAAACUUCCAGAAAGAACGUCCAACUGUUUGCAAUGGACAUAUUAGUGACAUACUGAGGUAAAAAUCAAUGAUUGUUUGAGGAAGAGGCUUCAUGUUCCUCCUUUAUUGAACCUUUAGACAAGCGUUUGCAGUCUGAAGGAUUGAAGAAGCACUCCUCUAUUUGAUGAGAAGAAGCAACCGAAGUGUUAAAUAAUCAAAACAAGGACAUGACUGAAGGAAUUUGGGGUAGAAGAUCAGAAUUUUUCUCCAAAGUCUGACAACACCUGCUAAAACAAGUACAAACACUUAAAGACUGAGAAGAAUCAGGUCUAGGAUGGACUAAACUUCCAGAAAGAACGUCCAACUGUUUGCACUGGAGAUAUUAGUGACGUACUGAGGUAAAAAUCAAUGAUUGUUUGAGGAAGAAGCUUCAUGUUCCACCUUCACUGACCCUUUAGUCACAGUGUUUGGAGUCUGAAGAAUCUAGACAGAGACUCUUACUGAUUUUUUUAAAGCAUUCUUCGAUUUGAAGAGAAGAAGCAACUGAAGUGUUAAAUAAUCAAAACAAGGACAUAAUUGAAGGAAUUUGGUGUAGAAGAUCAUAAUUCUUCUCAAAAGUCUGACAACACAUGCAGAAAACAAAUACAUACUCUGAAGAACUGAGAAGAAUCAGGUCUUGCAUGGAUUAAACUUGCAGAACUGUUUGCAAUGAAGAUUUACUGAGGUAAAACUCAAUGAUUGUUUGAGGAAAAAGCUUCAUGUACCUCCUUCACAGCGUUUGCAGUCUGAAUAAUGGAGACAGAAAGCCUUAUAGAUGUUUUCUUCGUCUGAAACUGGAACAAACAGCAGCAUAAUAAAGCAUCUGUCUGCAGAGGUUACUGUAGGCCACUUGCAUGUGAGUUUCCGCACUGGAAUCAUGUGGAUGAAGCCUCGCACAGCCUGAUGAACAAUUACACAAACACAUACGUAUCUUAAAGACCGAGUCAGUGAUCAUCUGAAAGCUCAGCGGGAUUAAAAGAGAUAUGGAUUCAUCUUCUGGCUCUCAGGAGGACUGGGAGACGCUGAUGGAGCUGGAGGAGGCUCUGGCCGGAUGGUUAAUUCAGGGCUCAGACUGGGAUCUGGACCUGAGGUGGAGCCUGAGGGAAAAGUCGUAUCAGGAUGAGGAUGAGGAUGAGGAGAUCCCUGCUGUCCUCAGUCCCACAUAUAAGCAGCGUAAUGAAGACUUCCGGAAACUCUUUAAGCAGCUGCCGGACACUGAGCGCCUCAUUGUGGACUACUCGUGCGCUCUCCAGCGGGACAUCCUCCUGCAGGGCCGCCUCUACCUCUCCGAAAACUGGAUCUGUUUCUACAGCAACAUCUUCCGCUGGGAGACUCUGCUCACAGUACGGCUGAAAGACAUCUGCUCCAUGACGAAGGAGAAGACAGCGCGCCUCAUUCCCAACGCCAUCCAGGUCUGCACAGACACUGAAAAGAGUUUAAAGUCACAGAAAUUGCAGUUGAAAUCACACUUUUUCACAUCGUUUGGUGCGAGAGACAGAACUUACAUGAUGAUGUUCAGACUUUGGCAGAACGCUCUGCUGGAAAAGCCUCUCUGUCCUAAAGAGCUCUGGCACUUUGUUCAUCAGUGUUAUGGUAAUGAGCUCGGCCUCACCAGCGAUGAUGAAGAUUACGUGCCGCCUGAUGAUGAUUUCAACACCAUGGGCUACUGUGAGGAGAUUCCAGCAGAGGAGAAUGAGGUCAGUAAUGAUAACUCAUCCAAAAGCAGCAGCGAGAACAAGCCGGACAACAACAGCUCUCCUCCAACACACAAGCGAUCCAUCACUCACUCCACCAUCACCUCCACCACUCCACCCAGCAGCACCGAUACACCGCUGUCCUUUGACAUCUCUGCUGAGGAGUACACGGACUGUCUUGCUGAUGGAGAUCUGCUGCCGCUGCCUCUGCUGGCCGAGGAGAGGAACAGCGAGCCGGCCAGUCCUGUGGGCUCCGUCCUGCCACCAGCACUCGACUUCAACGACAAUGAAGACAUUCCCACAGAACUCAGCGACUCUUCGGAGACACACGAUGAAGGAGAUGAAGUUCAAGCAUUCCAUGAGGAUCUGAACGGCCGUCAGUACAUUAAUGAGAUUUAUAAAUUCAGUGUUGAUAAGCUGUACAGCGUCCUCUUUACUGAGUCCCAGUUCAUGACCGACUUUAUGGAGCAGAGGAGAUUCACAGAUGUGGUUUAUCAUCCCUGGAAGAAGGAGGGAGCUGGGAAUCAAACGAGGGACAUCAUGUACACAAUUUCCCUGACCAAUCCACUGGCCCCUAAAACCGCUGCUGUUACUGAGACUCAGACGCUGUAUAAAGCCAGCCAGGAGAACGAGUGCUACAUCAUUGACGCAGAAGUCAUCACACAUGACGUGCCGUAUCAUGACUACUUCUACACCUUAAACCGCUAUAUGCUAACACGUGUGGCUAAGAACAAGUGUCGAUUAAGGGUUUCUACAGAGCUGAGGUACAGGAAGCAGCCGUGGGGUUUGGUGAAGGGCUUUAUUGAGAAGAACUUCUGGAGUGGGCUUGAUGAGAACUUUAAAAGCCUCGAGCUGGAGUUAGCCAAGAUGGAGGACGCCAUGAUGGAAAGCCACAGACUGUCUCCUAAAUCUAAAGCAUUGAAGAACUCCACCCUGAGGCGGAGAAAAAGACAGCUUGCCCACCUCCGCACAGGCCAUCUAGAUGAGACCCUCAGUCCUGUUACCACACCAACAGACGAGGAGGUCAUCCAUCGCAUCAAACACGUGGCAGGUUCCACUCAGACAAGACACAUUCCCGAGCACACAACAGGAGGCGGGAUUUUCUGCAACCUCUCUAAACCAUUACUCAUCAUCAGCUUUGUGAUCUGUAUAAGUCUGGUGCUACUGGUGUUUCUGAAUGUGAUGCUGUUUUAUAAACUCUGGAUGCUGGAGUAUUCUGCACAGAGCCUCACCAGCUGGCAGGGCUUACGCUUACAUGAGAGCAGUAAACUGCCACAGACACAGAUGGAAUGGGCACAACUCUUGGAGUCCCAGCAGCGAUACCACGACGCCGAGCUGCAGAAAUGGAGAGAAAUCAUCAAAUCCUCAGUAUUGUUAUUGGAUCAGAUGAAGGACUCCUUACUGAGCCUACAGAAGGGUGUGGGUCUGCGAGAAUACAACUCCGAGUCUGACCAGAAAAGGAGUCGAUAUUACUGACACUUACCCUCCAGGCCACCAGGGCGCGCUGUGCAAUGUAGAGCCACGUAUGCGAAUGAAAGGCGAAAAAGGGCCCAAAUAUGCGUGUUUGACUAUGCAUACCAAACAAAAAGAGAUAUUUGAUGGAGACGCAUCAGAAACUGCCAUCAGCCGAUCCAAGUGGACAGUCUACACAUCUGUGGGACGGCUUUCCUUCAGGUUGUCGCUGUACGAGAAUGAAGCAGAUCGUGCUGGGAAAACGAAGAGCAUGCUUUCUAUUUUUUGACCCCUGCUUUCUUUUGAAGUGCGUUUUAUUGGUACAAGGAACGAGGGAUUUAUCGUUUUAGCUUGAUUUGAUAGAGCUGCUCUGUCCCUUUUCUCGUUUGUAAGAGGUUUUUUCACACUCAAAUCAAUCAUGCUGUAAAUUCAAGGCUGGUUUCCUUGAUAAUUCUGCUCUAGAUGAUUUUAUUAGGUUCUACAAGACCUUAAGUUUCUGUGAAGCGUUUACCAUUAUAUGGAAGUGUUUUGUUUUUUGCACCUGAGAAAGACUGUGAAAAGUACAGUGGCUGAAAGAGCUUAACAUGCUGCCAUUUAAGAAAGCACGUUAAAAAAAACGUGAGCAAAAUUAAAAAAAGAUCAUCGUCUGACAGCAUACAUAUUGCAAAUCCUCACAACCCAAACAAAAUAAGAAUACAUGCUGCGUUUUCUCACAACACAUGCAAAUAGCAUGAAACACAAAGGAAUAGGGGGACCCAAAAACGUGACGGACCUGGCUUGGAUUUGUUUGUUGUGCCGUGACUAUUGGCUCAGGUGAUCUUUGAAAGGUGAUUUUUUUGGUUCAUUUUAACAUCCUCAUUACACCAUUCCCUUUUGUAUACUGUUAGCUUAAAUAACCAUAAAUAGCUGGGUCCGUCAAGAUUUUGGGUCCCCUGAAACAUUUCCGUCGUGUUCUGUGCUAUUUGCUUGUGGUGGGCAGAGCGAGGCUUCAUGAAACACUGAAACAGUCGAAGCAAAUGUGUCGAAUCUUCAAAACGUUUCGAAACCCUUCUCUAUGAUGACAUCUAGUGGUAAUUUUAUGUAUUGCUCUGAAACAGCUUUAGCACAAAAAAUAUUAUGCAAAUUGAGGAAUUAUACCCAAUGUUGUAGAGUUGACAUUUAAAAGUGAUUUAGUAAAGUGGUGAGAGUUCUUGACUAGCAUGCUAACAAUGGGUUUGAAUCCAGGGUGAUGUAGUUAUAUUAGUUAUCGCUGUAGUCACAUGAUUUGGGUGUUUUCAGUCGCUUUAACCACGUGACCUGAGUGUUUCUAAUCACUUUAACCAUGUGACCUGGGUGUUUCGAAUCGCUUUAACCACAUGACCUGGGUGUUUUGAAUUGCUUUAGUUACAUGACCUGGGUGUUUCAAAUCGCUUUAGUCACAUGACCUGGGUUUUUCAAGUUGCUUUAGUCACGUGAACUGGGUGUUUCGAAUCGCUGUAGUCACAUGACCUGGGUGUUUCGAAACACCUUAGUCAAGUAACGUCGGUGUUUUAAAAUGCAUUAGUCACGAGAACUGGGUGUCUCGAAUCGCUUUAGUUAUGCGACCUUGAUGUUUUGAAACACUUUAGUCAUGUGACCUGGACGUUUCAAAAUGCUUUAUUCAUGUGACUGAAGCAAUUCGAAACACCCAGGUCACGUGACAAAAGCAUUUCGAAACAUUCAGGUCACAUGACUAAAGUGUUUCGAAACAUCCAGGUCAUGGGUGUUUUGAAUCACUUUAGUCACAUGAUCUGGGUAUUUCGAAUCACUUAAGUCACGUGACGUCAGUGUUUCGAAUCACUUUAGUCACUUGACCUAGAUGUCUCGAAUCACUUAAGUCACAUGACCUGGAUAUUUCGAAACGCUUUAGUCACGUGAUCUGGGUGUUUCGAAACGCUUUAGUCAUGCGACUGGGUGUUUCAAAUCGCUUUAGUCACGUGAACUGAGUGUUUCGAAUCACUGUAGUCAAGUAACGUCGGUGUUUCAAAAUGCAUUAGUCCCGAGACCUGGGUGUCUCGAAUCACUUUAGUUAUGCGACCUUGAUGGUUUGAAACACUUUAGUCAUGUGACCUGGAUGUUUCAACAUGCUUUAUUCAUGUGACUGAAGCGAUUCGAAACACCCAGGUCACGUGACUAAAGCAUUUCGAAACAUCCAGGUCACAUGACUAAAGUGUUUCAAAACAUCCAGGUCAUGGGUAUUUUGAAUUGCUUUAGUCACAUGAUCACUUUAGUCACAUAAUCACUUAAGUCACGUGACGUCAGUGUUUCGAAUUACUUUAGUCACUUGACCUGAAUGUCUAGAAUUACUUUAGUCACGUGACCUAUGUGUUUCGAAACACUUUAGUCAUGUGACCUGGUUGUUUCAUAUCACUUUAGUCACAUGACCUGUGUGUUUCGAAUCACUUUAGUCACGUGACCUAGGUGUUUCCGAUCAUGCUUCGGUGCAGUGUUUUGGAACACUUGCACUUCGAGACACUAUUUGCAUGUGUUGCGAGAAAAUGCAAAGUUUUUGCUUAAUUUGUUUGCAAUGUGAGAAUUUGCAACACGUAUGCUGUCAAAGUGAUGGUAUUUAUUCUAAUUGUAUGUGCUUUCUUAAAUUGCAGCAUGUUAAGGUCGGCCGCCAUAGAAAAGGGACAUCGCAGCUAGGAAGAUGGAACGAUGUUAGUUUUUUUUUAUUAUUAUUACUAAACUGUGAUAUCUCUUGAUUUAUUUGAAGAUGUAGAAAAAUAUAUGAAAUUAAUAUAUAUAUAUAUUUCAAUAUAUAUAGAGGUCAUUGCAGAUAUUUAUUGUUAAUUUAUACACAUAGAACACUUAUCAGAGCUCUAGACCGAAAGAGUUUAUAAUUAUGUGUGGCGCGUUUGAGACGCGACAGUGCGAGCGAGUGCGUUUGACGUAUUUUGAUCUGUGUCUACUUUGGUGAUUGUAAAGUGUGUUAAAUCAU